UUGGCUUUUGAAAGUUUGGCCCUACCCUUCUGCCCUCCCUGCCUCUCACAAAAAAAAAAAAGAAAAAGCAGAGGGACAGGGGAAUUAUCGUCAAAAAGAAACCAGUCAAACAAAGGAAGUACUCACUCAGGGAAACCUUUUCAUGAUUAAAGGAGGAAGCUUUCAACUGUGGUUUCAGUACCGGCUACGCUCUGAAGAGUGAAAUUUGAAACAGACAGAUCUCCUGAUGGGCUUCAGACAGAAAAAAUUCUGCAAGUUAAUGCUAGCUGGAGUUUUGCUGUGCAUGGUCAUACUAAUGCUCUCUGUGGUUGUAUAUCAAGAGAAACAGAUCGACUACAGUUGGCUGGAGUUUGUGGAUGAUGAAACUUCAGAAGACAACUGCAACUGCAAGAAGAUCAUAGAGGGCGACAUUGAAGAGAUUGAACGUGCCAAGAUUCUAACUAUCACAAGGACCUUCAAAAACAAAACAAAGGUUACUGAUGAGCAAUACACAGAGGUGACAAAAGACUGCGAGAUUUUCCGUACAACUCACAAGUACCUUCCGGUCGUGUUAAGUGAAGAGGAAGAGGCCUUCCCACUGGCAUAUUCCAUUGUUGUCCACCACAAGGUGCAGAAUUUCGAGUGGCUCUUGCGCUCCAUUUACGCUCCUCAGAACUUUUAUUGCAUCCAUGUGGACAAAAAGAGCCCAGAGUCCACUGUAAAAGCAAUCAAUGCCAUUGUCUCCUGCUUUGAUAACGUUUUCAUAGCCAGUCAGCUGGAAGAGGUGGUCUAUGCUAGCUGGAGUCGUGUCCAAGCUGACCUUAACUGCAUGAAGGACCUUUACCUGAUCAGUGAUCGUUGGAAAUACUUAAUUAACCUGUGCGGACAGGACUUGCCCAUCAAAACCAACCUGGAGAUGGUGCGUGCCCUUAAAGAACUGGGUGGUGGUAACAGCCUGGAGACCGAGUCCAUGCCUGCUCAUAAGGAGGUCCGAUGGAAGAAGCGACACAUUGUGAAAGACGGCACCAUCCAGAUUACAGACCAAGACAAAAUGCCUCCUCCCCAUGGCAUAAAACUGUUUUCAGGUGGUGCAUACUUUGUGGUGAGUCGUGCCUUUGUUCACUAUGUCUUUGAAGACCCCAAAGCUCAGGAUCUGAUGUCGUGGUCCACUGACACUUUCAGCCCCGAUGAGUUCAUUUGGGCCACGCUGCAGCGCAUCCCUGGUGUUCCUGGAUUCAUCCGCGCCCACUCUAAAUUUGAUGUAACGGACAUGUUCAGCAUCUCCCGGCUUAUUAAAUGGGUGUACCACGAAGGGUCAUAUGAUGCCGUGUACCCACCCUGUCAGGGCAUUCAUGUCCGUGCUGUUUGUGUGUAUGGGGUCGGAGACCUGCAGUGGAUGCUAGAACAAAACCAUUUAUUUGCUAAUAAGUUUGAUGUGGACUUUGACCCGAUCGCCAUGCGAUGCUUAGGGAAGCAUCUCAGACACAAGGCCCUGCACUUGCAACAUUGACAGUACUAUCUGCAGCAAUGACUGAUUGCUAACUCUUUAAUCCAUAUUAGCUAAUAUGGAGUUGAUAUGAAGGGCAUACAGUGUAAUAACAGUACUGAAGGCUGUAGGAUUGUGCCAAAAUCUUAUCUCAGGCUAAAUGCAUUUCUAAGUGCACAUCUGACACCUAACCCACUUUCUUUAUGGUUCUGUGACAGGACAUGUUAAAUAGCAAGCCAAGUGCACUGGAUAGAAGGUAUCGUCAUUGUCAGGACAAGACAUUGUAUCUCCAUUUUUGUCUAUUUUGACAUCAUUUGAAAAUUGCAUUUAUACAUUGUGUUAACAUCAAGUCAAGGUGAGUGGGCAAAUAGAAGUGUUACUACUAAAAUUACCAUUUUGGAGAUGCAAGGUUUUCUACCAACAAUGAUGAUAUAUUUUAUAUGUUAAACAUGCAUUGCUGACUUUAUGGAGACAAUAUUGCUAAAUACUGCUCUUAAAAUAAAGAUGCCAAAAGGGUUCUUUAUGUUAUGCCACAGAAGAAUAGAUUUUGGCUUCCGAUAGCACAUUUCAAUGGAUGGCUCUUUGAAGAAAUGUGAAGCUCCACUUAAUGUAAAGGCCCUAGAAAAGGGGAUGGCAACCCAAAUAUUAAGAACAGGUAUUUUGUCCUUUUCAACAAAAACCGCAUUGGUAGCCAGAACUUUUAAUGUUAAUUUUAUUAAAGUAGCAUUUUACCAUUUUGGUUGUAAAUAUGUCUCAGUAUGUGCUGAUGUCCUGAUAUAGACUAAAAAUAUAGAACAAAAACGCAACUUACUUUGCUCUACUUUAAGCUUUAGCUCAGCUAUAGCUGCUGUUCUCGCACCUCUGGCAGGAAUUUUUUUCAUAUUAAACAUAAUAAUUUCUUGUAAAAUAUCUCUUAACAUUUGACUUUUUAUGAGGCUGCAGUCAACUUCCUGUUCAAACUUUCCCAUUCCAUCUUAAAUGAUGCCUGAAGUACCAGAAUGUAACUGUUACACCAUUUAAGGUGGAAUGGGGAAAAUUCGCAUGAGAAGUUCAGCUUCGUAACUUUUUAGUGUCUGUCGGUUUCUAAUUGUAGAUUAAAUGCAUAAGGAAACCAGUCAACGUGUUUAUAAAUACAAACAAGUCUGUCCAUUUGUCUCUAAAUUAUGUUAGCUACUAUGUUAGCUACUAGCUAGGCGAGAUGUUGUCUGCGUUGCUAGGGUGAUCAGCAGUCUGCACACCAAUCUUCAGGGUUAAAAGUCAACCAAUUAGCAGUUGUACAUUAAUUGCAUUAAAACAGAGCUUUGCCGACCCCUGCCGUUGCUGACCCCUGCCCUAGAAAGUGCUGGUCCUGGAGAUCUACCAACAUGGGGAGUUCAGAUCCAACACACCAAUUUUCAGAUGCCUUUGAAAGCCUUCGUUACUUAGAUCAAGUAUCUUAGAACAGUGUUGCAGCUAAGCCCUGCAAAGUGGGAGAUCUAGGACCAGGAUUAGGCACAUCUGCUUUAGGUUAUGUGAAGGUUCUUUAAACUGUUAAAGAGGCCAAAUUGUGGAACAUUGAAGUAUCCAUUCUCCAUGAGUUUGUUGUGGUAUGUAGUCACUGGUAAACUUUUAAUGUGUGUCAUUCACUCCUCAGUCAACACAGUCCAUAUAUAUAGCUGCAAAAACAACCCGCUUUGAAAGAAUUAACUUGUGAUGAUGUGAAAAUCAGCAUAUUUACACAUACCCCCUAUUUAGCCUAUAGCAGUUUAGCUCUGCCUAUUCACGCUGAAGUUAUAAGGAGUGUAAGACCUUUUGUAAGUGUUACAAUCAGAGCACAGUUGGUUCACAUGUAUCCAUCUUAAAGGCGCAGCAACAAAAACUAGUCUGCUUAGUUACAAGGUGUAAAGAGAAGCUGGAAGAUGGUCGUGUAAAAAUGGAUUUCAACCUUUUUGGUAGAUAAAACCACAAGAAUGUUGAAUGAAAAGAAUACACAGUCAUAUGCAAAAGGCUGGGCGCCCCUGGUCAAAUGAUGUAUUUGCACUACAAUUUAUAGUUCAAUUUAAGUUCUUGUGGAGGAUGUUAACUCCUUUUCACUUAGUAACAUGUCAUUUCAUCAGAGGUUGUUUUGCAUAUGACCGUACUGUUGUAAAAAAAAAAAGUGGUUGUACUUUGGCAUCACUUAAAGAACCCUCAAUAGCAUCUUGUUUUUAAACAGUGUAUUUCACAUUUGAUGAAAAAUGUUUCUUACUGGAAUGUUUUCCUCUUAAGUGCAAGCUAAAUAUCCUCACAUCAACGUUUUCACAUUUUUGAAUUAUCAAGGAAGAAUUUCAUCACUAGAAAGAGCUAAACACACACACACACACGCACACACACACUCAAACACUGGGCAGAGGGGACGUCUCACUGAAACACGGCAGCAAUGAAGCAGGAAAUGCAUGCUUAAUGAAGCAUAAACAUACUUAAGCACUGCCGUGUGGAAGAGGUUAACAGCACAUGCAUGCAAACGGUCUCUCCACACACACCCACACCCACACACACACACACACACAGAUAUACAGUGGUGUGAAAAAGUGUUUGCC